AUGCAUGGCCCGGGCGGGAGGUCGGGGUGCGGCUACCGCUUUCGAGUAAAUUUGGAUCCGUUCAUGGCCUCGGGGCACCGCGAAUUCGCUCCGUCCCGGGCAACCGAAUCAUCCGGGCCGCAGCUUCUAAGCCGAGAGUCGAGCCUCGUGAGCGUCCGGCAGUGCACCAAUUGUCCCCACUGCCUGCGCUGCCAUCAAUCGGGAGAUUCUGCACGUAUGCCUCGAAAUUAAGUAAUUCUAUCUCGCAGAGGAGGGGUAGUUUAAAGCGCGAGCAUUCCCGGAGCAGGUAUAGCUAUCAGUUCUGCAGCUUGCAGGGCAGAGCAGAGCAGAGCAGAGCGCAAACAGAGUAGCAUUUGAGCUUCGGAGGAGCUUGACUGUCGUCCUCACGGCCAAUGGUUUGCACAGCCGCUGCUGCUGCUGCUGCACCGGAGAAAUUCCAUAGCUGUCGAGGAUUUUGAGCUGUGCCCCCGAUUCCGAGUCACCACAGGCUUAACGUCAAGAAUUGAGUCGUGUCUUGCUCGCGAGCUCGCUAAAGAGAUAGAAAGACAGACGAACAGACAGAGACGAGUGCGAAGAUGAUGAUCCAAUCGGUAGGACGCAUUCAGGCUCCGGCGCAAUUGCAAAAAUGCUCCGUCUCCGGGAGCAAGAGCGCUUCAUUCUCGCAAUUCUCGGGCCUUAAGAUUGCAGCGCCGGGCAAAUUGACGAAGAGCUCAUUGACAGCGGCGUCGCCGUCGGCCGGCAAGAGCGCGGCCCCCGUGUCACAGAGGAUCGUGGCGCAGGGCGCAGCAACCGAGGAGGCGGCAACGGUGACCGAGGACGUGAGCCGGCUCACGCCCAGAGUGGAAAUCGUGGACGGGUACUGGAGGCUGAAGCCGGAAUUUCGCACGAGCAUCAACCCCGCGGAGAAAACGAAGCUCGAGGACGAGCCCAUGAAGCUGUGGACCGAGAGGAGGAUCGAGGAGCUUGCUCGCACCCCAUUUGCCGAAAUUGAUUCUUCCAAGCAGGGAAAGGAUGAUGUCGACGUCCGACUCAAAUGGCUCGGCCUCUUCCACAGGCGCAAGCACCAGUACGGCCGAUUCAUGAUGCGCCUCAAGCUGCCCAACGGCGUCACGACGAGCGAGCAGACGCGCUUCCUCGCCAGCGUCAUCGAGAAGUAUGGCGCCGAGGGCUGCGCCGACGUGACGACGCGGCAGAACUGGCAGAUUCGGGGCGUGCUGCUGGAGGACGUCCCGGCGCUGAUGGACGGGCUGACUCGCGUGGGCCUGACCAGCAUCCAGAGCGGCAUGGACAACGUCCGCAACGCAGUCGGCAACCCCAUCGCGGGCAUCGACCCGCACGAGAUCAUCGACACCAGGCCCGCGGUCAUGGCCCUCAACGACUACAUCGUCAACCGCGGCAAGGGCAACCUGUCCAUCACGAACCUACCGCGUAAGUGGAACGUGUGCGUGAUCGGCACCCACGAUCUCUUCGAGCACCCGCACAUCAAUGACCUCGCGUACAUACCCGCGCUCAAGGACGGGCGCAUGGGCUUCAAUCUGCUGGUGGGCGGGUUCUUCAGCUCCAAGCGCGACGCCGAGGCCAUCCCGCUCGACGCCUGGGUGUCGGAGGCCGACGUCGUGCCGCUCUGCAAGGCCAUGCUCGAGGCGUUCCGCGACCUGGGGUCGCGCGGCAACAGGCAGAAGUGCCGAAUGAUGUGGCUCAUCGACGAGCUCGGCAUCGAGGCCUUCCGCGCCGAGGUCGAGAAGCGCCUGCCGUCGCAGAAGCUGGAACGCGCCGCCGAGUCCGACCUCCUGGACACGACCUGGAAGCGCCGCGACUUGUUGGGAGUCCACCCGCAGAAGCAGCCGGGGCUUUCCUUCGUGGGGAUCCAUGUCCCCGUGGGCCGGCUGCAGGCCGCUGACAUGUUCGAGUUCGCGCGCAUCGCCGAUCAGUAUGGGUCCGGCGAGCUGCGCCUCACCGUCGAGCAGAACAUCAUCGUGCCCAAUGUGCCCGACGCCAAAGUGUCGCAGCUGCUGCAGGAGCCACUUGUCACCCGGUUCGGCGCCCAGCCUACGCCUCUCGUGACCAAUCUCGUGUCGUGCACGGGCAAGCAGUUCUGCGGAAUGGCCAUCAUCGAGACCAAGAAUCGGGCUCUGGCCAUCACCCAGGAGCUGGAAGCGAGCAUGAAUUUCACUAAGCCCGUGCGCAUGCACUGGACGGGAUGCCCGAAUUCCUGCGCCCAGGUGCAGGUGGCCGACAUCGGGUUCAUGGGGACCAUGGCCAGGGACGAGAACAACAAGCCUACGGAUGGCGUGGACAUUUUUCUCGGAGGCAAGGUCGGAGCCGAGUCGCACCUCGGGACCAAAGUUCGCACUUCUGUACCUAUCAAGGACUUGAUUCCGGUCGUGCAAGAAAUUCUGAUCGAGCGCUUCGGGGCGACUCUCAAGGCUUAGAAAACUGAUCGAGCUAGAAAAUUGACAGACGCGAAGUCCGAAUCGAUCGUGUCUUGUACAUCCAAUUUUGUUUAUCACUGCUGUACAGCUAUAGUUUCAUCUCCCCACCCUGCCCUUCCUUAUUGACAGUUGCGAAAUCGGAAAAGCUUCUGGCAUGUCAGCACCUGAUUCGACCGUAGGAGCUCUGAGCCGAGACCUCUUCUCAGCUCUGUUGUGCUGAUCGAGUGAGAGAGAAUGCGAGCGAGAAAGAAGACAGAGAGAGUAGUAUUCAUUCCUUCCCAAUGACCACUUGAAAGUGAUUUGCAGAGCUGACGAAUAGCCGCUAAAUGCAUUGCCGUUUCGAUCGUGAAGGCUUUGAGGUCAUGUAAGAUAGAAGAAAGUCUGAUAGAUGGUGAUUUGCCAGAGGAGCUUGAAGUGUUAAAAAGCGGCAUUUGGAGACAGAAGGACAGGCUGGUCCCGAUGUCAAGUGCUGAGGGUACGAAGCCACAUCCUCAUUAUUUUACAUAUAUAUUGAAUAAAGGGUUGGACGGCAGAAAUUACUUC